AUGCCCCCAUCAGCUUCCAAGCAAAAGAGAUUGGCGGAAAAGGCAGCCAAGAAUGCUGAAAAGGGAAAGACAGGUUCAUCAAGAACGACGCCUUCAGGUUCGGUCGCAGGUGGUUCAACCCCUCUCACCAGCUUAUCGGCGAAUGGUUCAACUGAGAACUUGAGCUUGGACGCUGCUGCUCAGAUGAAGAAGUUGACUAUGGCUACUGAUAGAAGUGCUAACGGUGUCCUCAUCUCCGAUCCUAAAGGAAGAGAUAUCAAAAUCGAUCAAUAUACUCUUUCUUUCCACGGUAGAUUAUUGAUUGAAGGUGCUGAGAUCGCUUUGAACUACGGUCAACGAUACGGUCUUCUGGGUGAAAACGGUUCAGGAAAAUCCACCUUCUUGGAAUCCAUCGCUGAGCGAGAUGUCGAGAUUCCUGACCACAUCGAUAUUUACCUUGUACGAGGUGCUGUCGAACCAUCCGAUGUCAACGCUCUCGACUACAUCGUCGCAUCAGCUAAAGAGAAGGUCGCUCGACUUGAAAAGAUGGCCGAGGACAUGGCUACCGCUGAUGAGGUUGAUGAAAUCGGUCUUGAGCUCAUCUACGAAGAACUUGAGGAAAUGGAUCCAUCGACUUUCGAAGCUAAGGCUGGAGCUAUCUUGAACGGUUUGGGUUUCACUCAAGCUAUGAUGGCCAAACCUACAAAGGAUAUGUCUGGUGGUUGGAGAAUGCGUGUCGCUCUUGCUAGAGCCUUGUUCAUUAAACCUCAUGUGCUGUUAUUGGAUGAACCUACUUCCCAUUUGGAUUUGGGUGCUGUAGUAUGGUUGGAAGCUUAUUUGUCUACUUACAACCACAUCUUGAUUCUCACUUCCCAUUCCGCCGAUUUCAUGGACACGGUCUGUACCAACAUCAUGGAUUUGACUCUGAAGAAGAAACUUGUCUACUACGGUGGUAAUUACACUACAUACGUCAGGACCAAGGCAGAAAACGAAGUCAACCAAAUGAAGGCUUACAACAAGCAGCAAGAAGAAAUCGCUCAUAUCAAGAAAUUCAUCUCAUCUGCCGGUACUUACGCCAACUUGGUCAAACAGGCCAAAUCCAAGCAAAAAAUCAUCGACAAGAUGGAGGCUGCUGGUUUAGUAGAGAAGAUCGAAACCCGAAAACCUCUUCGAUUCAACUUUGAAGAUGUCAAGAAACUUCCUCCUCCCAUUAUCGCUUUCUCAGAUGUUGCUUUCUCAUACUCCGGAAAGAAAGAAGAUUACCUCUACAAAGAUUUAUCUUUCGGUAUCGAUAUGGAUUCGAGAAUUGCUAUUGUCGGUGAUAACGGUACUGGUAAAUCAACCUUGUUGAACUUGAUCACCGGCGCUCUUUCACCUGUUGAAGGUUCAGUCAACCGACACACCCAGCUGAAACUUGCCAAAUACUCGCAACACUCUGCCGAUCAAUUACCAUACGACAAAUCACCCGUCGAACAUAUCGCUUCGCUUUACCACGACAAGUUCCCAGAGAAGGAUCUCCAGUUCUGGAGAGGUCAAGUAGGUCGAUUCGGUAUCACUGGUUCCCACCAAACCAGUCCAAUCUCUCAAUUGUCUGAUGGUUUACGAAAUCGAGUUGUGUUUGCUAUUUUGGCGAUGGAGAUGCCCCACAUCAUCUUACUGGAUGAACCUACUAAUCACUUGGAUAUGGACUCUAUUGAUGCCCUUGCCGAAGCUAUCAAAGCUUUCUCAGGUGGUGUAGUGAUUGUGUCGCACGAUUUCCGACUUAUCUCUCAAGUCGCCGAAGAUCUAUGGGAAGUCAAAGAUAAGAAGGUUAUCAACUUGACCAAGGAAGAUAUCUCGAUUGUAGAUUACAAGAAAUCUUUGGCUAAGCGAAGUCAAGCACAAAUCGAAAAGGCUAAAUUGAUCUCUAAAUCAGCCACUAAAGGUGUAGCGUAA